CGGGCCUAGCCGCGACACUUCAGUUCUGCUUUCCUAGUCAGCUUCGUCUGGUGGCUGUCGCGGGCUGCAUCCCCUCUGGGACCAGGUCUGUAGUUUGUGUUUGAACAAUAUGGAAGUCGAUCUGUCUGGCUUUAACAUCGAUGCUCCCCGCUGGGACCAGUGCACUUUCCUGGGGCGCGUGAAGCACUUUUUUAACAUCACAGAUCCUCGAACUGUGUUUGUGUCAGAGCAGGAGCUGGACUGGGCCAAGUCGGUGGUGGAGAAGAGCAGGAUGGGACUAAUGCCCCCUGGCACUCAGGUGGAGCAGCUCCUGUAUGCUAAGAAGCUUUAUGACUCCGCCUUCCACCCUGACACUGGGGAGAAGAUGAAUGUCAUCGGGCGGAUGUCCUUCCAGGUCCCUGGUGGCAUGAUCAUCACAGGUUUCAUGCUCCAGUUCUACAGGACCAUGCCUGCCGUCGUCUUCUGGCAGUGGGUGAACCAAUCCUUUAAUGCCUUGGUCAACUACACCAACCGGAAUGCAGUGUCCCCCACAUCAGUCAGGUAGGAGACCUGCUAUCCUCCGCCUCCCCAGAGCAACCCUUCUGUCUUUUCUUUCGAAGUGGGGCCCACGCUGGGCAGGUGCCCAGGGUUUGAAAUAGUAAGACCAACUUAGAGUGUCUUUUCCCCAGACUAUGUCAAGAUAGCCAUUCAUUUGACUAAUGUAUUCUUUUCUUUUUUUAAAAAAAUAUUUAUUUCUACUUUUUAGAUUUAUUUAUUUUGUGUUAUUGUUUGUGCACUUCAUUCAUACCCGGUGCCUGCAGAAAUCAGAAGAGGGCAUUGGAUCCCCUGGAACUGGAGUUAUGGGUGGAUGUGAGCUCACUAUGUGAGCUGGGAACACAACCUGGGUCCUCUGCAAGGGCAGCCAAUGCUCUUGAGCCCUAGAGAUGGCUCAGGAGUUAAGGGCAUGCCCUGCAUUUCCAGAGCUUCCUAGCACCCAGAUCCGGUCGGUGCUCAGCUCCAGGGGGACCUGACCUCUAUGUGCACACAUGCACACACACAUAAUUUAAAAAUAAGAACUGAAAACAAAAACCAAGCUGGGCAUGGUGGCUCACACUUUCAAUCUCAGCACUCACGGGGUAGAGGCAGGAUCUCUGUGAGUUUCAGUCCGGCCUGGGCUACACAGUGAGACCCUGUCUUAAAACCAAAAUUAAAACAGUACUCCUGACCACUGAACCAUCUCUCCUGCCCCAAGAUUACUUUUGUUUGUGUGUGUGUUUUGUUACUGAUCACCACAUGUGUGCGCAGAAGCCAGAAGAAGGAGUUAGAUACCCUCCAGUUGGAGUUGCAGGUGUUAUAAGUCAUUGGGUGUGGGAGCUGGGAAUUGAACCUGGGUCCUCUUAACCACUGAGCCAUCUCUCUAGUCCCAGAAUUUUGCUGAGUGUUAAUUAUAUGCCAGGCAAGGUCCCAGAGGCUUGAGAGUCCCUGAUGAGUAAGACAUAGCAGGCUCUGUUUAAAGAUCUUCCAACAGGCUGGCAGGCAGAUCUCUGUGAGUUCAAGGCCAGCUUGUUCUGUAUAGCAGUUCUAGGCCAGCCAGGACUAUGUGCUGAGAUCCUGCUCAGUAACCAAACCAAACCAAACACAUGAAAAAGUCUACAGUGACCUCAGCUUGACUUUGCUGUGGUCAUGGAGACGAGUGGUUGGACUGGAGAUCUGUUCAGACUGGCCCCUGGGGAAGUCCAUGCAGUGAAACCAUCAUGAAAAAUAACCUGUGGAGGAAAGGGUUUGUUUCACUCACAGUUCAUCACCCAAAGCAGGGAGAGCAGGAACUCAAGCAGGACAGUAGACAGGAGCUGAUGCAGAAGCCAUAGAGGGGCGCUGCUUACUGGCUUGCUCCCUCUGGUUUGCUCAGUGUGCUUUCUCAUAGAACCCAGGACCACCAGCCCAGGGAUGGCAGCACCCACAAUGGGCUGGGCCGUCCCCUGCCCCAUCAACCACUAAUCAAGAAAAUGCCCCGGGGUUGGGGAUUUAGCUCAGUGGUAGAGCGCUUGCCUAGCAAGCACAAGGCCCUGGAUUCAGUCCCCACCUCCAAAAAAAAAAAAAAAAAAAAAAAAAAAAAAAAAAAAAAA